AUGUUCUCCAGCGAUAAGAACGGGCGUCAGUCGAGCGGCGGCCGCUCGUUGUUCGCGUGGAGCAAGAAGGACAAAGGGAACAAUGACGCCCCUCCCAUGCCGGAUAAUGCCAGCAUGGCCUCUUUCUCGCACGAUGCUCGACUCACGAACGGCAACGGCUCGCGACACUCGCAUCGGAGCUCUAUAUCGACGGUCGACGAAGCACAGCGAGGCGGCAGGGGCGGGAUAAGACCUGUCGGUGGAGAGGACCCGCUGCAGUCGCUGUCUGGCGUGAUCACGAGCAUACCGUACGACUCUGUGUCCAACGAUACUCGGCAGCCGGUGCAUGUGGAGAGUGUGCAAAGAGAACGGCCAUCGACAGGAAGAGAACCGCUGCCGCAUCACUUGAACAAAGGGGGCACAGACUUUCAUCAGUAUCCGGCCUGGGACGGCCAGUCGGCGCAGAGUGGGUAUUCGCAGAGGUCACAUUCGCACUCUACCCAAGUAGCACGGCAACCCACGGGACGGUCUGUCGAUAGCGACGCGACUACGCUGAACGGCUACGCGCCUUCACGAUCUUCCAGCGACCACGGGAGUAUAAGAUCGAACUUUUCUGGCUACGACCGAGGGCGUGCUCAAGGCUAUCCGAACGCAUCGCAAACAUCUUUCCCUGGUGUAGGAGGGGACGGGAGCCUACUGCCACCUUUAUCACAGUCUACGAGCAGAUCACGGCACGACAACAGCCAUCUCAGCGCGAACAACCCUUCGGCUUUCUCGAGUACCACCUCAUUUGCCCCAGACGCUUUCAACCAACGACGACCGCCCGAUGAAGUAGUGGAGAAAGAGUUCUUGGAGUUGAUGCUCAAGCGUGGAUGGAAAUCAUUACCAGAACAAGCACGAAGACAAAUGGAGGCAUAUCCAAUAAGCAAGAAGUGGACGCUUGUCCACCAGGACAGGUUGGCAGAAUGGCAAGGCGAGCAGAAAAGGCGAAAUACCCACCGGCCGCCAGGUCCCAGUAACAAUGAGACCUUCUCGGUCUAUGGCCGCAUGGAUGAGGAGGGCAGUCCCGAAUGGUUCGUUAAGAGGGUCCUCGAGAACACCAUCACUCAGAAGCAGCUGCAGAGCUUGUCUGUGAGCUUGCGGACGCAGCCGAUCGCCUGGGUCAAGACUUUCGUCGAAGCGCAGGGGCAGGUUGCGCUCACGAAUACGCUUAUCCGGCUCAACAAGCGGCAGCAGUCUGGUCCGGCGCCGGCUGGUGGGACGACGAGCGAGAAGGAUCUGGAUCGCGAGUAUGAUAUUGUGAAGUGCUUGAAGGCGCUGAAUAACAGCAAGUAUGGCGCGGAUGAUGCGGUGCACCAUGAUACGGUUGUUAUGGCUCUCGCGGGCUCGCUCACGUCGCCCCGGCUCAACACGAGGAAGCUUGUCUCGGAGUUGCUCACGUUUCUGUGUCACUGGGCGGAUGGCAAGGGUCAUCUUAAGGUGCUCACAGCUAUGGACCACCUGAAAGCUCAGCAAGGCGAGAACGGCCGAUUUGACGCAUGGAUGCGAAUUGUCGAAGUCACGAUCGAUGGUCGUGGCAAGAUGGGCUCGCUCGUGGGUGCAUCGGAUGAGGUGCGGAGUGGUGGCAUUGGGAUGGAGAAUCUGCUCAUGGAGUACGCCGUGACGUCGCUGUUCCUCGUGAACAGCAUCGUUGAUGCACCGGACAAGCCUGGAGACCUGGAGCUACGAUGUCAUAUCCGUGCGCAAUUCGUGGGAUGUGGUUUGAAGCGAAUACUGCACAAGAUGGAGGGUUUCCAGUACGAGGUCAUCGAUACCCAGAUCGAGCGGUAUCGGUCCAACGAAGCCAUCGACUACGAAGACUUCUUGGAGAGGGAGAACAGCUCUAUGCACGACUCGUUUGAGGGCGAAGGCAAAGACCUGAACGACCCGGCACAAAUUGCGGAAGCUAUACAGCAGAGGUUGGCCGGAAGUAGAGCUGGCGACUACUUCACAUCCGCACUGCAGCAUCUGUUACUCAUACGGGACAACGAGGGCGAUGACCGGCUACGAAUGUUCCAGCUUGUCGACAGUAUGCUUUCCUAUGUGGCCAUGGACCGGAGACUGCCGGAUAUGGAUCUCAAGCAGUCGUUGAACUUCACCGUUCAGAAUCUGAUGGACAAGCUGUACACCGAUUCAGAAGCACGACAAGCGAGGGAAGAUGCGCACCAGGCUCGCCUCAUUGCUGACGCUGCGGUUGCGGAGCGCGAUGAGAUGAAAUCCAAGGUCGAGAUGGGCGCUGAAGGCAUGGUACGGAAGCUGCAGCGACAAUGCGACGAGCAAGCCGCUAUCAUGGAUCUUCAACAGCGCCAGACGGAUGCGUACAAAGCUGAAGUCGCGGAGUUGCAGCGAAUACGGGCACAGGAGCUCCAACGGAACGAGCUAGAGACCAGAGAGCUGUAUCUCAUGCUUCGUGAUGCACAGGAUGUUGCUGCAUCAUCGGCAAAGAAAGGCGGCAAGAAUGGACAGACGACGGCCAGCGCGGACCCGGUACAGAUGCAAGGUAUCCUGGAUCGAGAACGGCUCAUGGACCGUCUGGAGAUGCAGCUCGAGCGGGCCAAGACGCAGGCGAAGCUCGAGGGCAAGCAAUGGCAGCAGUUUAAUCCCUCCGACAAGCUGCGAGAAUUGCGGGAGAAGAUGGAGGGUGCGGGUAUGGGUAACGAUGUCGAGGGCAUGCAAGCGAAGAUCGACUACCUGGGUACAGCCCACCCGAGAGGGAGGCUGCAGAGGAAGCCUGUUCCGAAGACUGACGCUGAGACGGAAGAAGAGGGCGAGGAGCAAGAGGAUGACAUCGUGUUCGAGAAGCCACGGAUAGUGCAGAUGAGCAGGCCGAAGGUGCCGAGCAAUGUUGCUUCGGCGCAGCAGAGUAUGCUUGCUGAGCUUACCUCAAAGGCCGCUAGAGUGGAUGGCUCGGAUGAUGAGGGUGAUGGUAUCACUACGGGUCCCAGUCAUCCUAGCCUCGACAGCGAAAGCCCGAAGACGCCUUCGGAUGCUGAGCCGUCGAAGGAUAAGUUCGAUGGGCCAAAGGCACCUCCACCACCACCUAUGCCUGGUUUCGAUGGUGGACCACCACCUCCUCCGCCGCCCAUGCCAGGCUUCGGCGGUGCUCCACCUCCUCCACCCCCGCCAAUGCCCGGGUUUGGUGGCGCGCCUCCACCACCGCCUCCUCCGAUGCCUGGAUUCUCUGGCGGUCCACCUCCACCUCCACCUCCACCGCCUGGUAUGCCGGGCUCGCCGAUGAUACCCAAUGCUCCGCCUAUGCCUGGUGCGAAGUCUGGUGGUUUCCUGCCUCACCAGCAGAUGUUCACCCCAGGUGCACCACUCACACCCGUUGCGCCUCGACCGAAGAAGAAGCUCAAAGCCAUUCACUGGGAGAAGAUCGACGCUUUGGAACCCACUAUGUGGGCUGCGCAUACUCCGACUUUCGAGCAGAAGGAGGAGAAGUACCAGGAGCUGUCGAAGAAGGGUAUCCUGGACGAGAUCGAGAAGCUGUUCAUGGCGAAGGAGAUCAAGCAGAUUGGCGCGAGCAAGGCUAAGCAGGGCAAGGUCGAAAAGAAGCAACUCAUCUCCCGUGAUCUGAUGCAUACCAUGCAAAUCUCCUUGGCCAAGUUCAGCAACAUUGAAGCAGACGAGAUUGUUCGCAUGAUCAUCCACUGCGACAAGGAGAUCUUGGACAACAGUACCGUCAUGGACUUCUUGAUGCAGGAGCAUCUCUGCACCAUCCCGGACAAUGUCGCCAAGUUGAUGGCACCGUAUGCUCGCGACUACACUGGCCCCGAUGCGCUUAAGACGCCACGGGAGCAAGAGCCUGUUGAGCUUACCAAGGAAGACCAGAUCUAUCUCUACACGGCUUACGAGCUGCAUCACUACUGGAAGGCUCGCAUGCGAGCUCUUGCUCUUACCAGGAACUUCGAGCCAGAGUAUGACGAGAUCUCCAACCGCCUGAAACAAGUCGUCGACGUCAGCGAGAGCCUGCGCGAUUCCGUCAAACUCAUGCCCGUCUUCGGCCUCAUCUUGGACAUCGGCAACUACAUGAACGACACCAACAAGCAAGCCCACGGCUUCAAGCUCUCCUCUCUCGCCCGCCUCGGCAUGGUCAAGGACACCAACAACGAGCAGACCCUGAUGGACUACGUCGAGCGCGUCGUCCGCAAGCAGUACCCGCAGUACGAAGGCUUCACCGACGACAUCGGGGGUGUGAUCACGGCGCAGAAGAUCAACAUCGAGCAGCUGCAGAGCGAUGCGAAGAAGUACAUUGACAACGUCAACAACGUGCAGGCGUCGCUUGAUGCGGGGAACUUGAGCGAUCCGGGCAAGUUCCACCCUGAAGACCGCGUGUCGCAGGUCGUGCAGAGGAGUAUGAAGGAGGCGAGGAGGAAGGCGGAGCAGUUGAGUUUGUAUCUCGAUGAGAUGAAUCGGGUGUAUAAUGAUAUUCUGGUGUUCUUUGGCGAUGACUCGAAGGAUGAGAAUGCGCGGAGGGAGUUCUUUGGCAAACUUGCUAAUUUCGUGCAGGAGUACAAGAAAUCGCACGAGAAGAACUUGGGUCUCGAAGAGGUCUGGCGGCGCAACGAAGAGAGCAUGCGCCGCAAGCAGCAGAUGCAGAUCAAGUCCCAGCCAGCACCAAAGGCGGACGCGGAUGGCGGCCCACCCAGCCCGGCCUCGACUGGAGCCAUGGACGUCUUGCUUGAGAAGCUACGUGCUGCUGCACCUGCCGCGAAAGACCAAAGGGAUCGCAGACGCCGGGCCAGGCUCAAGGAUAAGCAUCAAGUCCGCGUCGCUUCGGGCCAGAAGAUCCCAGAGACAGGCGAGAACAUCGACGAGAGCGGACUGCUCAGUCCAACGAAGACAGAAGGAUCAGAGGAUCCUUCGUCAGAAGGCCCGACAUCAGAAGGAGAAGAUAUCGCCGACCGCGCCGCAUCGAUGCUGCAAGGUCUCCGCGGCGACGGCGAGGGUGACGCGCCUGCACGAGACGACAGCAUCCGCCUCCGUCGACGAAGAGAGAGCGCUGAUGAUGAGCGAGCACGCCGGCGAGCUCGCAGGAGGGCAGCGGGUGGGAGUGUCGAUAAUACCGCGCACAGCACCAUCACGGAAGAAGGGACAGAGACUGGCGAGGCGAGAGGGAGCGAAGAUGUCGAUGCUGAGGCCACUGAGACUAAGAGGUCCAGUGGCGGGAGCAGCGAGAGCCAGCCUGAGCAGCUUCCUACCCCAACGACUAUUGUUGUGCCGCCUUCGCCUACGAGCUCUGAGAAGUGA